CAAGCUCUGUCCGUAUAGAAGUUCAGCAGAUGUAGCUUGUAAAUCCUCCUUCCAGGAUGCCCUAAUGCCUAACAAUACUGUUGGUAAUACCCGCGUCCAACUCUCGUCGGCAUGACAUUUAAUUGCGCUCUUAAGUUGCCGAUGAAAGCGUUCUACCAUACCAUUUGAAGACGGAUGAUAAGCAGUGGUGCGUAGGUGGUUCGAACCUAGUAGAGCGUUUAGAUCUCUAAAUAGGUGCGACUCAAACUGCCUGCCUUGGUCCGUUGUGAUUCUGCUUGGAAUGCCGAAACGUGCAAUCCAAUUUGAAUAGAACGCGCGUGCUACUGUUUCUGCCUCUUGGUUGGGUAUCGGUAUCGCCUCAGGCCAUCUUGAAAAGCGGUCGACGCACGUGAGGCAGUAUCGAUAUCCCUCAGAGUAAGGCAUAACGAUAAUGUCCAAAUGAACGUGGUCAAACCGAGAAGAUGGUGGUGCGAAAGUGCCAGGAAGAGUGAUAACGUGUCGUGACACUUUAGAACGCUGGCAGCCCAAGCACGCUCUCGUCCACUUUUUGCAGUCAGAAUUCAUUGAGGGCCAUACGAAUCGUUGUGAAACGAGUUUCGUCGUAGCACGUGCCCCGGGGUGUGAAUUCUGAUGAAGUAUGUUAAACGCUACCUUUCUGAAAGGCUCUGUAAGGUAGGGUCUGGCGCGUUGAGUUGAUACAUCGCAAUAGACUGGUGUGUCGCUAUCUGGCAAACUAAGAAGUCGUAAUUGCAAUGACGAGUUAUUUGAAUCUAACAACGACUUAAGAUGAGUGUCAUUUUCCUGUGACUUCGCAAGAGAUUCCCAAUCAAGGCCUUUACGAACGCUCUCUAUACGCGAAAGUGCGUCGGCUGGCACGUUGUCUUCGCCAUUCACAUGACGUAUGUCUGUUGAGAAUUGACCUAUUAAAUCCAGGUAUCUAAACUGCCUGGGUGAACAUUGUUGCUCUUUUUUACUAAAUGCAUAGGUUAUCGGCUUAUGGUCAGUAAAAAUUACAAACUGUCGUGCUUCAACGUAAUGCCUAAAAUGUUUGACUGCAGCAUAGAUAGCGAAUAGUUCGCGGUCGUACGCUGAGUACUUUUGUUCGGCAGUAGUAAGUUUUUUAGAAAAGAAUGCGAUAGGGUGCCAAUCGUUACCUACUUUUUGUUGCAGAGCUGCUCCAAUGCUAUUGUUUGAUGCGUCACAAAAGAGGCCUAACUCGGCGUCGUCCCGAGGAUGGGCUAACAAAGCUGCCUGGGCUAGACUCUCCUUACAAACAUCGAAAUCUUUCCUCGCCUGAUCCGUCCACGCAAUUGGAGUUUUACCUUUUAUGUUACCAUGCAGCAGCUCGUUAAGACUAGAUUGGCUAGCGGCUGCGUUAGGUACACCCUGAAAAAGAGCCAAGCACUCAUGGUCCCGUCCCGCAGCCUGACCUCGGUGCCGGACGACGUGUUCAAGGCCGCGGCCGACGCUGAAGUGCACAUCAUCGACAUUUCCAAGAACAAACUCACCGCUGUGCCUAUGGGAGUGUGUCACCUGAAAGAAACCCUGUCUCAACUGAUCAUGUCUUCGAACAGUAUUGCCAACAUUCCUCCGGAGAUAUGUCGUUGUGUGCACUUACAGUAUCUGGACGUGGGGAAGAAUUGCCUAGCAGAAUUACCCUUGGAAAUCGCCAACCUGAAAAACCUGAGAGAACUAGUCAUAUCUAAUAAUAAGUUUGGAAAGAUCCCGCGUUGUGUUUACGAGUUGGAAAAUCUUGAGAUUCUCUUGGCCGCGGAGAAUCAAAUUGAGGAAAUCAACGUGUCUUCGGAUGCUUUGGCAAAGCUGAAAAAACUGGCCGUGCUGGAUCUGUCCAACAACAGCAUAUUCACCGUGCCUCCUGAGCUUGGCAACUUUACACAUUUGAGGAGCCUGGAGCUGAUGGGCAAUUGCUUCCGCCAGCCGCGACAUGCCAUCCUCGCCAAGGGCACCGCGUCGGUGCUUUCCUACCUGAGAGACCGAAUCCCCACCAACUAGCACGUAAGCACCAGUGUUUGACUAGCGUACAUCAUAUUAACAAAGGAUAAUAAUAGACAUAAGAACUCUGAUAAAAAAAAAGUACAGUGAGUACAAUUUACUUUUAAAAUGUUUGUUGUGGCUGCCUAGUAAGUUUUUAGUUACAUAUUUGUGUAGUUCUGGAACCGGCUCUUUUCUAAUAAAUAAAAUCUUUGUCGGAAAAUUCUGAUAACAACCGUCUUACUUAAUUUAAAGGCUGAUUCACACGUAUUAAGUAGUUAAGUAGGUAUUUAACUUCAAUUUUCGGGUAAGUUGGUGGGCGGGGCUUGUCACUUGACACGUUUUGACACGCAGUUUCAUAGUAAACAAGAACUUGACAGCUUAACGUUUUGACAUAGACUUAAAAUUUAGUUACAGGUACUUAACACGUGUAAAUCAGCCUUUACUUAAAAAUAAAAUUGACCUGUUUAGACUUCACAAACAAUAGUCAUCAAGAAAAUUACCAGUUUACAAACAAUAUGAGGGUUACUUGAAGAUGAUUACCAGAGUCUUCGCUCAAGGCAUUUGUGUACUGUAGUAUCUCUUUUACUUUGAAUAUGCAUCUUUGUUAAUAUGACGUAUGAAACUUUUAAGAGUUGC